AUGCACGCUGAUACUGAUAAUAGCCCAGCCUACCUAAAUUACGAUUUACCCUUAUCGCCACAGUCUCCCACUCCAUAUUUCGUCCAGGGAUUAUCUUCCCCCAGAAAAGGCAGCCGCGUUUGUGCCGGCGAAGAAGGCUUUGUGGGAGUUGAGAAUUUUUUCAGGGGUCAAGAAUCUAAUUGUGUUGUGAAGUGUGUUUCUAGAGUUGUGGGGGGUUUUGGAUCUAAGGAGAAAAUAACUUUAAAAAAGUUGAUGGCCUGCGAAAUGGAUAUCAUAAUGACAAAGGCUAUGUCUCUAGUUGCCAAUGAAGCUUCCAUGAGAUGGGGAGUGUUUUCCAGUGGUCUUAAGAAUCCUAUCUACACACAGAACUCGUUCAGAUUGGCUCCAAAACUUGAUUUAACUUGUCAUCGGAAGAGACGUGCGUGGCGAAUAUCAUUUAGUCUCAACACCGAGGGAUUGGCAGCAAAUAACGAGCAAGGCAACAACAACAACACAGAUGGCGAUGAUGCUUCUUCUUCAGGCUUAGGGGCCACCCGUUUGGGAAGGAUAGUAACUGCAGGUGGUAAACAGCUGCUCAGCAAACUGAACUCGACCCGUAAAAAUUUCCCCAUGAAAGUAUUUCUAUUGCUGUUGGGAUUCUACACGGCUAAUGCACUUGCCACGAUUCUUGGGCAGACGGGGGAUUGGGAUGUUUUAGUUGCAGGCAUUGUGGUUGCUGCAAUCGAGGGUAUUGGCAUGUUAAUGUACAAAAAGGCCCUCAUGGCUGGGAGAUUGCAAUCUCUGGUUGUGAUGGUGAACUACUGGAAAGCUGGCGUGUGCUUGGGGUUGUUUGUUGAUGCUUUUAAACUAGGCAGCUGAAGCGCGCUUUUUCUCCUUAGUCAUGUUGUAUUGCAGUUAGAUGAGUUUUAGAGUAGUAGUAGGUUUAUUCAUUCGCUGUGCAACUAUUGUGUUUGUGCGAGGCUUAUUGUACAAAUCCAUUUACAAGGAAUUUAAAUCUUCAGGAUAAUACGACAUGUGCAGUGCAGUCCUUUUGUGAAUUUUGUUGCUUCAAGCAUGACAAAGUUUUCCUCUCCAGGUAUUCAUCGCCUAGUAUUGUCUAGUGGAUUGGUUGAUCAUUUG